AUGUCACACUUCUUCUACUUGACUCCACAGAUCGUUCUGCCCUUUAGCCCUCUUACCUCUCCAGAGUUCGAUCUGAUCAGACGCAAGGCUGGAGCAUCUUGGCAGAAGGAAACAAGAUGGUUGGACUCUUCUGUAACAACAUACACAGGCAGUUACCGGAAAAAACAACUGGAUAAGUCCACGAGCAGCCGAUUUUCUUUUAAAGCAGGACAGCAUCGGCCUGAGUGUAACCAGAUAUCAUCACCAAAUUCUGCCUUCAGUCCCACAGUCUGCAGGGCUGGCUCCCGAGAGACUACGGAUGCGAAGUCAGUUCUUCAGGAACAGGGUAAUUCCUCAAGCAAGGCGGGCUCGUCUGAAGACUCACAAGGGGAUCAGUACUCCGAUUAUAGUCUGGGAGCACCGCCCUCCCCCCACGUCCCGUCCGCCGCCCGCCCUCCCGUGCGGAGCGCGCUGGAGGCGGGGCCCGGGCCCGGCGGCCGUGGAGGCGGUGGGGAGACCCGGCGCGCGGGAAGGAACCCGCCGCGGUCUCGGGCAGCAAAGGGCCCCAGCGGCUGGUGUCCUCUGAGGGCAGGCGGAACUGUGUGUGUCUUUUAUCGAGACAUUGACAUGGCGAGGUUGAACGAUGCUUCUAACAUAGCCAAGAACAAAUGUCUCUGCUGGAGGAUGACCGAGGGUUCGGGGGGCUUCCUGCCCUAG